AAUUUCGCGCUACUCGGAGGUGUCCUUGGAGUCCAAACUUCUAAUGUCUUCAGUUUCUUGAAGGAUUUCAUGUUUCUCUGUCAAAGAAUUUUGAAAUUUAAGGCGAAGUCAUGGUUGGUGAUCCAAAGAUAAGCAGUUGGUUUUGAAAGCUGUUCUUUUCCGGACAGAUUCUUUAAAUCUGUUAAAGAUUUCAUCACUAUCCUCUUAAACUAAAAGCGCUCACUCGUGUUUACUUUACUCAUGACUUGGCAUGAUGUUAUAACUGUGGGUACCAAAUACCUUCGAAGACUACAUAGACUGCCGGUCAUAUUGCUUAAACAACCCAGAUCAUUCUUGCUUCCAAGAUACUUUGUACCAUAUCCUCGUAUCUGUUCAAAUUUCGGACGAUUAACCAAAUAUAUUGGCAAUUAUUCACAAGCCAACUCACUGGUUAGAUCGGUAUAUAGAAGGAUUAUUAGUAGUAGUACUCAACAACGACCAAACUCAUUACUAAGAGUAUAUAGAGGUUUCGCUGGAUCCGUUCAAUUGAGGCAUUACGUGUCUAACAGACAUGAUUAUUCUUUUCACCCGAUCAACAAAAUUUGUAAACCAAAACAUGAAUCUUGGUUUUCAAGUAUCUUUGGCACCAACAAAUAUCAAAUAUUGCCUAAUUUGUGUACAAGUUCCGCGGACUCAAUAAACCCGAAAGAGUUUAUAGCGGCAGGAUGUAACAGUGCUGUAUGGGCAGCUGAAGUUCGUCAACAAUAUCCAAAUGAUAAUGAAUUCAUUGAUAAAUUAGCUGUGAAAGUACUGUAUAACUAUUACGCGAAUUCAUCUUAUGAUGAACAAGCUAAUUUACACAAUGAUUAUAAUUCAUUACAAAAUAUUCCUGACAAUUGGGUAUUAUUACAUCGUCAAAUUCAAAGAGAAUGUAAACUUCGUCCUCAAACUAAUCAUCCUAAUAUUGUCCCAUUAGUUGGACAUUUUAUUGAUCGUGCACCUCAAGUCAAUUCAGUAAAUGAUUCACAUGUUCACAAUGAUAAUUAUAAUGAAUCUAAUAAUGCUUUAUCUUCUGGUCAAGUUUCACAAUUUAACCAUAGAACUAUUCAAUCAAAAUGUUGGCCUGGUAUAGAAUACUUUUCAGAAGGCUUCGACAAUCGACCGUAUACAUUCUACAUGUUGAUGCCAAGAUUUGAAGCAACUUUGGAUGAUCUCUUACGAGGAAAUUUAAAAUAUAAGUUCGAACAAUCACCAGCUGAAAUAAAUCACGAAGGUAGUGUUGAAUCUAAGCAAAAUCAGAGUGAUAAUACUAAUCUUGCACAUAUUAGUCAAUAUCAAGAAACAAAUGUUUCUAAUACUUUCACACCAUCUUUUCAAUUACAUACUGAUUUACAUUACUUGUUUAAUUCAAGCCUAUUGAAUUCUGCAUAUAUUAAACAUGGUGAAAUGUGUCUUCCUGUAGAAGAGAUUGUAGCUAUAAUUGCUCAAUUAUUUGAAGCAGUUGCCGAACUUGAAGCGCAUGGUAUUGCUCAUAGAGAUAUCAAACCAAAUAAUAUACUUAUACGUCGACGUGUUCCAUUUUUUAAUACUAAUCAAACAUCUGAUAUAAACAAUGCUACUUAUAAUACUUUUGUUCAGUUCCAUCUAAAUUGGUUAAAUGACAAAAGAAUUCAAAUGACUAAUUCACAUUUUCAUGUUGCAUUAACUGAUUUCGGAUGUGCUAUUCGAACAGGACAUCAUUAUAUUAAUGAUAAUAAUAAUAAUAAUGAAGAAGAACAUCUUAAUCAUAGUGGAAACUUGGCAUUAUUAGCCCCAGAAAUAGCACAAAUCAUUUAUUCACUUAAAGAUCAUUCAAACAAUUUACACAAUAUUAUAACUAAUAAAGAUUAUAAACAUUCAGAUUUAUGGGCAAUUGCUACAUUAAUUUAUCCUUUGUUUGGAAUACCUAAUCCAUUUAUUGAUGGAACAUUUUCUUCAGUAAACUAUACCGAGGAUUCUUUGCCUGAACUUCCUCAUGAAGCACCAAAAAUAAUGACAUGGAUUUUACAUCAAUGUCUUAAACGUAAUCCAUCAGAAAGACCUAAUGCUGAUGAAAUUGCAGAUAUUUUGCAUACUUGGUGUCUUAUUAGACAUUUUCACAGUAGACAAGAAGUUGAUGUUUUUAAAGAUUUUUCGCAAUAUCCAAUAAAUUCUGCAACCAUAAAUGUUAGCAUUGCACGUCGUGGUGGUCGGUGUUCAGGCAUACGCAACACGUGGCCCAACCAUCUCAGUCGAUGAAGAUUCACAACAACGGUCCAGUUUAGAUCGACUUAUGAAUUCAACUAUUAAAAUUACUACAAUCUUCACAAAUCCCCAUUCUGAUAAUAUAAUUAAUGUUAAGUACAGAUGAAUAAGUAGAAAAUGCGGCGUUUUGAGGACUAUUCUACAUCCGAUCAUAUAUAGUUUUAUUGUGUAUUCAUUAAACAAUUGGUUAAUUAUAUUUUUUCUAUUACCUGAAUUAUUGAUUCUUUGACCGCAAAAUUUAAAAACUCAACAAAAUCCCAUAAAAUGCAAAGUAAUAAACUCACCAACCGUUUAUGUGAUCUCCUAAAUGUAUGUUGGGCAGGUGAUUGGUUAUCUGGAGCCGCUCGUCCUCCAAAUGGUAUACGCUCUCUGUUUUAUUCACGAGCUACUCCUGGGCGUCUGGCUCUUUGUUUAAAUAUUGUAUAUCAAUUGGAGUGUUUCGGUGUCCAACAUGUGUUGAAUUCCUCUCCUAACCACAAAUAUUAGUAGUCUGACAUUAAUUAAUUAAUUUUAAAAACCCAGAUCACUUAUUUUUUAUGCUUAUUUAUUCAUUACUUUCUUCAUAAUCUCUAAUUUUAUCAAUUUUCAUUUACGCUCAUCAUAUUUUACAGAUUGUUUACAUAUAGUGUCAUCCUUUCUUGUUCAUAAAAGUAUAUUGAAUAGUUCUGCCUUGUUCUGUCG